AUUGAAAAGAGUUAUAAUCGGAGCUACAAGGCUUGAAAACGUGCCAUAAAUCGAUUCGUGGCAAUUAAAGUCUACAAGAUUUGAGAGACGAAAGAUGUUUAGGUGUAGACGAAUAAUCUAUCGUGGCAUAUAUAGAGGAUCACUCACUCUACACCGUGCCGGCUUUGGCUUAAUCUACGCCUCUCGUCCGCACAUUGAAUUUGAUGCCGUGACGAUGGUCUCUUCAUCAUCCCUGCAUGAGGAUGUUAAGACAUACAAAGAAGGAGAUCAGUUAGAUGAUGAGAAUUGUGAAGGAGACGAAUGUUUAAUGAGAAGGACUCUAGCAGCUCAUCUCGAUUAUAUCUACACUCAGAAUAAGCCCAAGAAUUAAAUCAAUGCAUACACCACCCAAAUAUAUGAUCCAUAUCUAUAUAACAAUACAAUAAUAAUUUGUAUAUAUAAAUGAUUCCUCAUAUAUAAUUAUCAUUAUUAUUAUAUGCAUAUAUAUGUAAUAUAUACAUGUAUCAAAAUCAUGAACGUCUUAGUUAAUAAAUAAUAAUCCUUAACCUGUCUUUGCCCUUC